UCUGCCGGAUUUCAGAUCUGUAGAAACCAUCCCCUCGUUGGAGUGGCUGCUGAAUUCAGUUCUGUUUAUUCUUCACCCCAAGAAAUCAUGAAGGGAGAUUUCGUCCUCUGCCUUAUUUUUAUUCUCCUCCCUUGGGUCCACGGAGCGGUAAAUACAAUCAAUAUGACCUGUGUUUCAUGUCCUCUUGGAAGCCCCAAAUGUGGACUUAAUUGCACAAGUCCUGCAGCCUGCGUUGCUUUGACAGAAAGCAAUACAUUGGGUGGAAAUGUCAAACCCAGUGGAUCAUACCAAGGAUGCAUUGACCCAAAGGAUUGUAGACCUCUGGCCUUCACCUUGACCACAGCUGCUGGACGUUACAUCCAAAGCAAUAUGGCCUGUUGCUCAAAACCUCUGUGCAAUGAAGGGUUAACUCUAACUGUUCCCCCAGUUGGUACGUUGGAAAACGGGGUGUUUUGCCCAGCCUGUGAAAUCUACAAUCAAAAGUCGUGUGAAAGCAAAAGUCAAAUUGCCUGCAAAGGAAUUGAGGAGAAAUGUAUUACGCUCGCAGGAGACUCUAUCGAUAAGUCUCCGAAUCAAUCCUUCGCCAUCAAGGGCUGUGCAACCGAGAGUGCCUGCAGCUUGCAACAGAAUGACCUGGUGCCAUUUGGAGGGAAGAUAUAUAAGCUGAGUGCGAAAGCAGCUUGCACCGUCAGCGGUGUGUGGUGUGUGAUUUCUUCCUCAGGCCUCAUUUUUUCAUCCCUUGCUGGAGUCCUCUUCUUCCAGAGCCUCUUGUGAAGUCACCUGGUUCUUCCUCUGUACUUGAU